AUUCGACCCUUAUAUUCCGGAUUCCUCUUAAAAGAUGUAUCAUAGUUUCUUUCUGAGCUAAUAAGAAUGGGAAGCAGCGAUGAGAUGCCAGUGGUUCUCAUCACGGGAUGCUCUCAGGGAGGAAUCGGCCACGCGCUGGCUCGUGAGUUCUCGGCGAAUGGUUUUCGAGUGGUGGCGACGAGUCGAUCGCAGAGCACGAUGGCUGAUUUGGAGAAAGAUCCCAAGUUCUUUGUGCAAGAGCUCGAUGUUCAGUCGGAACAGAGCGUGAGUAAAGUUGUGUCGGAAGUUAUAGACAAGUUUGGUCAGAUCGAUGUUCUGGUCAAUAACGCCGGAGUUCAAUGUAUCGGACCACUCGCGGAGAUUCCAAUUCAGGCCAUGGAAAACACCUUCAACACCAAUGUGUUUGGUUCGAUGAGGAUGACUCAAGCUGUUGUACCUCACAUGGCGUCUAAGAAAAGGGGAAAGAUUGUGAACAUAGGAAGUAUUAGCAUCAUGGCACCUGGACCAUGGGCUGGGGUUUAUACUGCAUCUAAAGCUGCUCUUCAUGCUCUUACCGACACAUUAAGGUUGGAGCUUAGGCCAUUUGGGAUUGAUGUAAUCAACAUUGUCCCAGGAGGUAUUCAAUCAAACAUAGCCGACUCAGCGAUAGCGAGCUUCAACAACUUGCCUGAGCUGAAACUAUACAAACCUUUCCAGGAAUCUAUCCGUGAAAGGGCGUUUUUGGCGCAAAACAUAAAACCAACACCUGCCGCCACAUUUGCGAAAGAGACGGUAUCGGUAGUGUUGAAGAAAAACCCGCCGGCUUGGUUCUCUACAGGACGGCUGUCUACCGUCAUGGCGAUCAUGCACCAUAUGCCCAUUUUCGUCAAAGAUUUUCUUCUGACGAGGAGCUUUAUGAAAAAGGGAGCAAAGACUGAGUAGGAGUAGUCACUAAAACUGUUUCAUUUCAAUGUACUAGGGGUGUAGCCCCGCGCAAGCGCGGAGUGUUGACAAAUACUUUCAUUAUUGUAGUUGAAAAUUGAAGUUUCAUGUAUUGUUGAUGAAGGCAAAACCCUGAUUCGUGUUAAAAUCGUGUGUCGGUCAUGUAGAAGCGUAGAUUGUAUUAUGAGGAAAAGAUGAGAUUGAGUAAUUAAAUGGGUUGAAUGGUUAAGUUUGUA